AUGACUGGACUGUAUUCCGAACGAGAAACAAAAUCCUACACUCUCUGCCAGUUCAACGAUGAGGCGCAGCGGCUACUCCAGAUGGAGGAUUACCCAGAGUUUCAGAAGUUCGUUCUGACAGGUGAAUCCAAGUACACUUCCACCCAGGCCUUGGUCGACAUCCAGCCCAAUAUUCUGCCCCCCGACCACUCCCUCGACGUUAAACGCGAUUUCGACUCGCUCAUUGGUAUCACACCCAAAAUAGCCAUUGCAAAUUCACUAUCAAUCUAUGCCGUCCCCAAUCCUUCAGAGGUUUUGACGACUAGCAUUCACCUCGCGCAUACAAUGUUUGUGGAUGGCACUUCGAAACAGGUCCCUUACCAUCAUAUCCACAACUUUCUCCUUGGUUACUGGGGGAACCGUUGCCAGCUCCACAUCUUCUUCCCUACUCUCUAUGCUCCCAACCCCUCUCCUACCACUCCUCGGAACGUCCGCCUAGAUGUCAAGCAAAUGGCCCAGUUCUAUGAACGCGGGGUGAGACCCUCCAUUGCGAAUAUUCUUCCCGAAAGUGUCUCCGACUGGCCUCCCACCUACGAUGCUGAGGCAUUUCGAAUCCGCCGUUCCACUGGUCGUAGCUCGUACGGUACCAAGAUGAUUCCGGAAGAGUUUCUGGAGUCAUUUGUCUCUGAGCUACGGUUGUCACUUGCGAGGAACGGAGUUAAUUGGGCAAAAGACUUCUUCUUCAUUCAUACCGUGCGAGGAGUCAAGCUGUCCUCGUUUCAUACCCCUACACCAGAGAUGGCGAACCGAGCCUUCCUGGGUCUACUGCAAAAUGUCUCAAUCCCUCUGGAAAACACAAUAGAAGGGCAAUGGUUUGUCGACGUUGGUUUGGAGUUUCGAAGCCCCGAUGGCCAUACGGUUCAAUGGACUGCUCGUUCACACUCUACCGUCGUCGCGAGUUUCCUCCAGGUGUCAGAUGACGCUGCCAACCGGAUGACACGACUCGGUAGUAGUCGAUACGAGAGAGACAUUGUCAGCCACCUCACAGGCAUAGCUGGUUGUCGAAUUGAGCCUAGGGCUUCUGGUGGGCCGUACGAUGUCCAGUACCUUCAGUUGUAUUCAACUGACAAAAACGUUACCUACUCCCCAGAGGGACGGCAUCACGGGAAGGCGAUACCAAUGGCCAAAGCUUUGGAGGACCAACAGCCAUGCAAGUUCCUCGAAGACCUCUACGACUCUUAUGCAGCCUCUGUAACCAUUGCCGCUCAUGCCCGGAUUGAGGUUCGAGUAUCGCUCGAUUAUGUCACACAGGUGUUGAUGGACAUACCCGUCACCGCGAUCCGAGGUUCCUUGGCUGUUUUUGACACGGAGACCUGGUGGGACUUUCGACGCUAUCGUCUCCUGGCCAUGAUACAUAUCUUGGGAGCACAGGCUACCGGUCCUUCUGUCUUCAGAGUCGGUCGUGAUGCUCUUCUCCUCACAGCCGCCAUGGUCUGGAUGAUUAAUGGUCUCCAUUCUCGACCUGAUGACGGUCAUCAUAGCAGAGAUUUGAUGCGAGCAAUUUUUCCACUGACCGAUACUCGCGAUGAUGUUGAUGAGCUGGCUUUGAUAUUCCUUCAGAGGGAGCUAGGUGGCCGGCUUGCAUACUUCCCACACGGUCUCAUGUUCCUACGUCGGAUAAAAACCGACACCCAUACUCCUCACUUGCGCACCAGUGGACUUUGGAUCUCCACCAGUGCCUUCUCGUUCUUUUUCAAGAUGACUGAGGAGGAGAUACGAUACAAUUACCACGAGAAGCUUAGGAAUGGCUCAUCCGUCACUCGUGUUUCAAAUAAGAUGCACUCCACACGUGUUCGCAUCUCCACAAGAAAUGACGGCGACACCCCCAUGUUCAACCUCACAGCACAAGGCCACUCUCGCUUACCUCCCCCUGUCGACGAGGGCUCCGAUAUUGAGAUGGAUGUUAAUAAUUCCCCAGUACGUUCCAUUGAUGUCUGUCUUGAGGAGAUUUUCCUUCAGUGCAUGGUAGACAUCUUUGAGAAAGCACCAAACCCCGUCAGUGCAAAUGACGCCUCGUAUCUCGUGAUCUCGGAGGAUGCACGACUUAUGGCUGGAGAGAACGACUUUAAAAACCUUCGACUGUCAGAUUACUGGACGUGUGUUUUCUACAAGGUCGCUACGCCAACAGAAUAUACUCGGGCGUUCGAUCAUCUCUUUCCCAAUACUCGCAGGUCGCCAAAGUCUAACAACUCCCAGAAUUACCUGCAAAGCACCUAUUACAAGCGUUGGGAAUCUCUGUGCCGUGAGGUUAGCGAUGAGGUUAUAGAGGCCAUGAAGGCAGAGCUGCGGAAGCGAUAUGACGAGCUUCUUUGGGUGCCAAAGACUGUCUCUGGUCGUAUAUGGGAAUCUUAUGAUACGAAACCAGGAAGACGAGAGGCUUACACUAGGCUGCCGCUGGGGUCUCAUGGCCCUGCCCCACGAAUCCUCGUUCGCAGUGUACCGCAAUGGGUUAGCAUUCCACCCGGUCAUCCUCCUUAA